CGUAGGUCAAGUUGUGUUGUUAACAUUAUAACUGUGAAGUUGUAUUGUUGAACAAUAAUGCACGAAAACUUAAUCAUUUAGACUCAUCGCUUCAAUGUCAUCAGGUCGGGUUAUGUUCUUGAGGUCCCCUGUGGCGGGCGGUGGUUGCGCCACUAGCAUGGACUCGUGACGAUGUUUCUCACUUCUUGGCCCCUCUCGGCUCUCCGCCCCGCCUUUUCUGCGACCGGCAUCGGCUAGUCCGCCCCUCCAAGACACCAUCUCUCCACAAAGCACAACUAUAUUUUUCUAAACCACGCCCUCGAUGUCAUGAAAUCUAACCUAUCUUCCUUCUUUUACGGAUCAAAAAAUAUUUUCAUUCGUGUACAUCAAAUGCGACUCUUCCAUAUUUCUGUAGAAUACGUACGUGUUAGUGAUUAAGUAGAGUCAAAGUAGUGUUCACUUGUUUGAUAAUUUAUUUACACUUUUCGAACUUUUAAUCUACCAUGUGUUUGCCUUAAGACUAUGAACGAUCAAAGAAAGUUAGACUCGGUGCUCUUAGUAUUUUUUUAAUAGACGUAAUCGUAAAUUAGGCUAUUGGAAGUGUGAGUACUGUGUUGCGUUUUUAUUUCUAAAGUUUACACUUGUAAGUCACACCAGUUUCUGUGUGUCUAUCAUGCACGCGACCGUGGGUGAGGUGAUGAGGUGUGUGCCAGUCGGAGAGUGACAGCCGCUCUGAUGUCCACUGGCUGGAGAGCUGAACAUCUGCAGGAAGAGAAGAUUCUGCAGGAGGAAGCCAAGUCCCGCUUGAUUCAGGAGAAAGAGUCACCGGCGAUUGACGAAAACACUGGAGCGAUUCCUCUUAAAACAAUCAAGAAAGAGAACGAGAAUGAGCCCGCCGUCGGUGAAACUUGCCUCGAUUCCCCGGUUGAAGAAAAGACUCUUCGUGAAAUGGUCCAAAACCAAACUAAUGUUCCUCAAGUGCACAAAACAGACACAAAGAAAAACAAAUCUAAGUUAGUGAAACAACAGACUUUAUCAGAUCUACCGGAAGAUUCGGGAGAGAAACUUGUCGAGAAAGUUUUGAGGAAGCAGAACACUGUGAGUGGUGCGCUAUGCUCAGAAGGGAAGUUCUCACCAUGCAGUCUGUCUACGGACGGAGACCGACUGUUUAUCCGUGUGAGGACUCCGUCGGGUGUUGACCUAGUGACCAAGUGUCUUGACAAAACCAGCACCACCAGCAGCGAGGAGACAAUCCAGAGGGGCAAUGGCGGUCUGCGCAAGGGCAGCGACAUUGGUAGUCGGUCGAGCGGUGUGGGGACAUCGUUGGUGUCACUCAGUGGGGUGGGGACGUCAAGCGCAGAGGGGACUACCGAGCGCCCGGCCAGCAUACCUAGUGUGCGCCAGCGCAUGUCAGGAACCGACUUCUGGAGCCAAGUGGCGCAGCAAGUAGCGUACAUCGACAGCACCGGGAACAGCAACCGCAACUCUCUUCUACUCAAUUGCGGCCAUCAGAUACCUAUACCUCCUGGGAGUCUACCUCUAGCACCGACCACUACGCCUUGUCACACUCUCACAGGGUCGUCUGGUUCUGUCGACUACAGCACACAGACCGACUCCCCUCCGUCUCUCACCCCUUCACCCCUCCACCCUCGACAACAUCACAGGUUCUCCUUCAGAGACCAGCCGCGCCGAGGCAAACUCAGCCGCUUCUAUAGUCAAGACCCGGAACCUGUCACUAGAGGCCUAGGUGGUGAGCUGAGAGUGCUACAGCCGCUACUACAAGGACCAGAGCCUCUGACUUACUCCCCACCUCUGUCAGCUGGCCGCAACUCCCUAGCGACAGUGUGGGGCGGCGCUCAAGAACUCAGCAAUAGACGCAUCCGACCUGGCACCUCACGCUUUCAGUCUACGUACGGACGUAAACGGAAGCCGAGCAGUUGGGAGGAGAGUGUUUCGCUGCAACGACGUCGUAGCAUCGCCUCUCGAGAGGAGACAAGGGAGUGGAGGGAGAGAGUGUUGACUCAUCAUCCCCCCGAGGCCCCGACCCCUGACCCGACCACCCCUCUGGACAAGAAGGAUCUCCGUUACUAUUUCCAACACCCGUACUUGAGACUGUUCGCUACGUACUUCACGAUAUUCUGCAACUUUCUGCUGUUUGCGGAGGAUCCUAUAUCGCACAGUCAUGCUGAGUCGAGGAUACCAAUGGUCGGUAACGUGUUCAGUUUUGUCCUGACUAAAUACCCGCCUGACUGGAGGUGGUCAUUAAUUAAGGUGUUGAUGUGGCUCACGGCCAUCUUGUGUGGUUUGGUGUUUGGUAAACUGAUUGUCCAUAACAUUCUCUGUGGCAAGAUACUCAGACUGAAGAUGUUCCGUGACGAACAGGGUUCAUGGAUAGCGAUGUUCUUAACAGUGAUCGUCUCAUUGUACCUUUUCUCUCAUGUGUACAAUCUGCUGAUGAUCGUCUUUUACGACAAACCGAGCUACUACAUAGACAGCAGGAUGGGCAUCACCUAUGCCAGUGUGAUGAAGACAGCAGCAUGUGGCACAUGGCUGGGUGACCUAAUCACAGCACUGAUGGUGACGGACGUCAUGCUGCAAGACAAUCUCUACCCGGACUGGGCACCGAUGUUGCGCAGACUGUGGCGUAGAUCCAACAUACCUCGGAUACUCAUCUUCUGGGUAGGCUCUGUGCUCGCCACCAUCAUAGUGGUGACUCUUAUCAUCAGCGACUUUAUCAGCUGGGACAAGCUCAACAGGGAUUUCAUCGCCAGCACUGAGUUGUCUCGGGCCUUCCUAGCUUCCUUCAUCCUCGUGAUGGAUCUACUGAUCAUGAUGCAGGACUGGGACUUUCCCCACUUUACCACGACGCUGCACAUCAACCUACCGGGGUUCAGUGUCGCCACGCUUGAGUGGAAGUAUGCUGAGAUUCACCUCACUGGCAAAUGGUUUAACUACGGGUUAAUUUUCAUGGUCAUGUUGCUGGACCUGAACAUGUGGAAAAAUCAAAUCUUCUACUACCCGAGUAAAUACGGACAGUAUUAUGAACCAGGGAGGAAGAUCUUGACAGUGUUGGAUGAUAACAUCUUGGCCUCCGGUAACAAAAGUCUGUGGACAUGGGAGGCCAGAUCUCAAACUAAUGCUUCUACUGGACAACCUUAUUGGAAGAAUGACAUGGUGAUGAACUCACGCUACAUGGAGUACCCGAUGCUACUCAAGUGUACUGCCAUUAUUCCGUCCUUUGUGGCCGUCACGUUCUUUGUGGCGGUUGUGAGCCUGUAUGGCCGCUUCCCCGAGGACCAGGAGCACCCCAACCAUCGGAGUCACAGCCCCUGUCUUGCGGAUGCCGGAGUCAAUGUCUAGUCUUAAGGGGCUGAAUUCCUCCCAGAGAUUCAUACUGUAUCUUCACUUCACCUAACCUAACCUAACCUCUCACACCACCUCACUCAGAAUUUGGAUUACUUUUAGUCAUAUAUGUUUAGCUUGUUUAAGGAAAUUAGAAAUUGAGGUUGUUAUUCAACUUCAUACCUUUUUUCCAGAUUUAAGAAACAAUCCACCCAGUAGAAUAGGAGAAUACUGUAAAAUUAGAUUAAGGAAGUCAAUUAUAAUACCGUGGUUUUUAUUUUUUGUCUCCAGGGUUGAAGCGAUGACUCCAAUAAGAUGACCAGUUUAUAUGAUUUCAAAAAUGAAGUAACUAAGCUCCAAAACUGGCUAACAGUAACUAACGGUGAACUGACGAUGACAACAUUCAUAACUUUUCAUUGUUAGUUAUUGGAAAUAAAACUUCUUGGUCUAUAACCUUUUUGGGAUUUACAAUUUUUUUAUGAUACUUUGACCAUAAGGGACGUUUUCUCCAAUUGUGAAAUCUUAAAAAAAUAAUAUCCUAUUACUAACUAAUUGUGUGGUUUAACACGUAUUUUAUUUAAUAAAACUUCAAAAUAAUAACAGUUAAACCUUUUUUUUUAUUGCUAAUCCAAAUUCUGGGAUGAUGUUAGUCGCUUACCAAACGCCAUCAUGCCACUAACUGUAUUUAAAUCACACAACAGGUCUUUCACUAAUAUUAUUUAUUAUUUUACAAACUGGAUUCGUGCUAGUUUGUUGAUGUCUUUGACAAAGGAUUUAAAUGUUGUGUUUGUCAUUUAAUUUUACACUUACAUAGUUAAUUUACUAAUUUCUAGUAAACCAAGAUAUGUCAUUUGGUGAAUCUAGGGUAUAUUGGUGCAUACCAUUAAAACUAAGUUUAUGAAUAUUCUUAGAAACAUGUUGAUAAUUUGAGAGUUAAUAUGACUUGGCGAUGUUGAGUUUGUUAAACAAUUACACUAGAUGAAAAACUUAACACUAGAUUGGUAAGGCCAGCAAACGUAUAAAGUAAGGUUAUGUUUGGGGGAAUUCUUAAAAAAAUGUUCAAUUGAAUUUUUGUAAAACUGAGCCAUCUAAUCAUUAAAAUUAGUGUUAAAUUUUUGUUGAAAGUAACAAAUUUUAAGUAGCAAAACACUGAUUUCAAUUUUGGUCGUGAAAUACGUAGAUAUUCAAGACUUUUUCGAAAAUAGGCGCUUUCCCCACGAACUGCCUCAACUAUGCUGGGGUUUAGGAACGACUAAAACAAGCUAACUUUCACGCCAAACUUAAAAAUAUGAACUGCAUUACCUCCGAACUCUUACCAAUCUAAGGUUAAAUAUUUGUGAACAAGUGUUUAAUUAAUCACUUUCUCAUGGUACAAAACUACUAUGUUAUGUAUGUUUGUGAUAUUAGGAAUUAGUUUUUUGAAUUUUAAGCAAGUGAAUUUAGUUAAGUUAUAGAUUCAUAACAAACUAUUGAACAAACCUGUGAAUGAUAGUAUCCUAAAUAUAGAACAAAGGAAAAUAUUUAUUUUGCAACAAGAUUUUAAAAUCAGUUAGCUUAUGUCAACGACUUAUUUGCAUGCAAUGCAGCUGCUUUUGCUUUCAUUUUAAUUGUUUACAGGUUUAUUAAUGUUUCUGUUAGUGUUUGUUGUAUAUGCCAAGUAUAUUCACUGUCGUAGCAGUUAUUCGUGCCUGCUUGGUUGAAAAGCUUUUAUUUAACAAGAUGUGCUGCUUUUAAUACUGGAAUAUUACAAUAGAUUUUUUUAUAAUAUAUUUUCUAACACCUAAUCAUUUUAAUUUUUAUGUUCCUUUUUUGUUUAGUAAUAUUGAUUUAAGACUAAUCCUAAUGUAUAUUGCUAUUGGAAACAAACUAUUUUCACUAAUUUAAAGUAUUAGUUAUAGGCCUAAUAGUUGUGUAGUUUCUAUUGUAAUAUUUCAUGUACUGUGAUGCGCUUUUUGAAGGUGAGACCACUGAAAUGUACAUUAAAAAAAAAUCAAGUUUCUUCCUCCAAAUAUUCUUUUUGUAACAUCCUCUUUAAAAUGCAUCAACUUGACAUUUUUUUACACACUAUUUAAUCUUAAUCAAAUGAUAAAAAGUAAAACCUGUAUCUCUUUGUUCCUUCUUUCUGUCUUCCAUUAUUUAGCCUAUUUAUAGCUUCCUUAAUUCUCUUCCAUGAAUACUUUCUUGGGGGGUCUUCCGUCCAGCUAAACUAACUUCUUCCGUGUGAAAUAUACUUUUCCAAUAGAAUUUCAGAGAUAUUGUUUAUACAGAACUAUAUACAGUAGAACCGUAUACAGUAAACUAUAUACAGGUUUUAACCGAAUUCGGGUAAACCAAAACCCGGGUUAACCGAAACGGUUCCAUAAGAUAAUACAGGGCUAAAAUAUACCGUAAGUAAUACGUAAUGUAAAAUGCUUUAGUAACUUCAGAUGUUUAGUUUAAAGCAUUUUCUAAACCAUUGUAAAAUUUCUGUAGUAGAUAUAUGGUUUUAAAUUCAUUUUUCCAACUCACAGUGGUAGGUUAUUUUUAGCAUAUGAGGGGUUACCGAAAAAUUGGUUAUCCGAAACAGUUUUCCCCCCUUUAUUUUGGUUAACAGGGAUUCUACUGUAAUUAAACUGUAUGAUGCAUACAUAUCUGAAAAACCGUUUUAAGAUUUAUUUUUCUUCCAAGAAAAUUUGUAAAAGUAACCUAUUCCUGACAUAGCCACCUAAGUUCUAGAAACAUCCUUGUUUGUAUUCUCUUAUAAUCUGUUUACAAAAUGUAGGCGGUUUGAGGGUAAGCGAUUCAAUCCCCUCCACCUCACCCUAACUUUGAAACAGGUGAAGGAUGAUCAGCUGAUUAAACAUCUUCCUAAAAAAAUGGUGGGGAAUCCCAGGAAACCUCCUUUUUAUGUUUUUGUCAUUACUAAACAUAAUAAAAUGUUCCGGAUAUUUCUGGACACUGUUACCAACAUGGUAGGGAUGUUAGAUUGUUGAAUGAACAUUUCAGUGGUGCAGUUGGUAGUUAGUGCGGUCCUACUUUCUGUCUGACUUGAAGGAAUCUCUAAAGGAGUGAAUUCAGCCCCUAUUUUGGGGAAGGGGGGAGAUUAGCCAGUAGUUUAGCUUAGCUUAGCUUAGUGUAUUUGUUUAGUUUGCUAUUUUUGUUUGUAGACUUUACUUUCAAACUCGAACAAACUUUACAUUUAGAUUUCACAUUUUGAUAUGCAUGUUUUGCAAAAUGAACUUUACAUGUUAGCUAUUUAGUGUUCCCAAAACAAGAAAAACCACUUAAUACCGAGUUAUUAUAUUUAUUACUUCUUAUUUGGUACUUAUCAAAGUUUUUUCAGCCAAUCUACUACCGAAUUGUACUGGUAUUUAAUUUUGGUUUCAUGAAAAUCUUACAGUCUUUUAUCAUAUUUCUUUAAAAAUUUUCUACAUUUAAAUGAAAACUGUAUGCAAAGUUUGUUGGAUUUGUAGCAUUUAUUUGGCGUAGCAAGAAAAUUAAACUGAAGUGAAGAGUUAACUAAUUAUGUCAUUGAUUAAGUCGAGAUUAGUAAACUUAGUUAAACUAACUCUAGUGUUAAUACCAUCCAAAGUCUAACUAUCGGUGAAAAAAGGUGAAUGAUUUGUAAAAAGUUGAUAGCAAACCAUAAUUUGUUAAUAUUGCUGAUUGAACUAUGUAAAAGUGUGUGGUCAUAAUGGAAGACAUUUAUUUGAUUUAGAUAUUUUGUUAAAUUUGUGUCUAAAAACUAAUUUUCACAGUAAUGUAUAUUAUUAAUAUCCAAGCAGUUAUUAUUUGUAUUUAAUUCAUAAAAGUAUCAUAACAUCAAAAUGCAAAAUGGUGUUUCCCAUGUAUUUUUCUUAAAUUUAGUUAUUAGUUAUUCCUUAGUCAACAUCUUUUUAAAGUAACCCCAUACCAUGACCAUUAUUGUAGGUUUACGAUGUAACAUUUUAGGCACAAUACAGUUACUUAUAUAUAGUAUAUAUUUUUGUAUUACAUCUUUGUUAGUUAUAAUCAAUAUUUUAUUGAAAAUGUUACUUUGCACAGACUUCAAAGUUACCAGUCCUUCCAAAACUUUAUUUACUAUUGCCAUGCAAAAUAUAUUUUUUGAAAACUAUUAUUUUUGUGUUUAGGAUUUUGUUUACUUGUCUCUGUAAAUUUAUUUCUCAUUGUUAAUGUUUACUUCUUUUCUGUAAAUAAUUUUAUAUUUUUGUUAUAUUUUCAAAUAUUACAAAAUGUUGUCCAAUACCUAUACCAGAAUUGUAUCUUAUAUCCGAUAUAUUUAUUUUAAUAAAUAAUUUUUAAAUGUGACCAAUUUAAUGCUAUUUAUUUUACAAGUAUUUACAGAGUGUUUUAAUAAUGUAAAAAUGCAUUUCUUUUUAUAAGUGUGACUUGAAUUAAAAUUUUUUGUCAUACUUUUUUUCCAAUUAUGUUUUGGUGUUUAAGAACAAAUGUUUGAAGAAUAUUUGAUCUUUUUGUCUAGAAAAUGUAACACUAACAGAUUGUAAUAUAAAUGUUUGGAAGCAAUUUCUUAGUAAUAUUAUAGCACUGAUCACAAGCCUGUACACUUGUAGAGUAGCUAACAUUUUAGCUUGUAGUUAGCUGUCUAGCUAGGUAGCCGAACAAAUUGCCACUUAUAGCUUUAAACUGUGUCCAGCUAUGUCAAUUUUAGUACCAAUUUCAUUUUUCUCUAAAGCUUAAAAAGAGGUUCCCUAUUUACUACUUCUUUUUUCAGAUUCACCUUUUUUAUCUGCAUGGAGGCCUACUUUUUUUGUGUUUUUAUGUUGAAUUUUUUCAUUGUAACAAAUUGGAAUCAGCUUGAAAGUUUAAAUAUAAUUAAAAACUCUAGAAGCAAAAACCAAAUGAUCUGAUAAUUUUGAUCUUUUUUAUUGGAUUGAUUCUGUCGAAAUCAUCAUUGUAAUGAUACAAUUGUGUAUGUUACCAUAUAAAAGUUAAAAAAAAAAUUCUCUAGUUUGUUUCUAUUAAAAAAAUACAUUAAAAUUAUACAAAGGUUUUUCAAAGUUAUUAUUUUUUGUUUGUAUAAUAUUCUAUUAUCCUAACAGACUAAAUUGUAUAAUAACAAUGUAUAAGUUAGUUUAAGUGAUAAUGGUUUACGAAAUUAAGGUUGUGUUAUGAAGUAAGUGUACAUUUUUCAAUAAUACAGUACAUAAAUAAUAUACUAGUACAUUAGAUUUUUUAUUGACUUUUUCAAGCUUUGCUGUUUUCAAUAAUUUCCAUCAAAGCAAUAACUUUAAUUUAUUUUCAAAACAUAUUAUUAUUAUUUGCACGGUAGGUUAUUAAAUGUAGCAGGGAACCAUCAUUCACAAGUCUUACAUAUUCCCGAUAUUUCAAUCUGAUGGACACAGUUUCUCAUAGUAUAUAGAACAAAUAUUAAAUGUGUUAGACUUAGUUUCACCUGUGUUUUGUUUGUAAGAUUUUAACCAUUGUUUUAAACUAGUUCUUUGAAUGUGAAAAGAAUAGGUUAUACAAUUUCUAGAGCAGUUUUGUGAUUGCAACAAGGUGAUUUUAUAUUUUCCGAUCUUAUAAUUUCAUGACAAACAUUGUACUCUUACAGAGUACAUUUUAACUAUUUAAGAGUAAGAGUAUUUAACGUUAACUCGAUCCAAAUAUUCAACUUGAAAAGUUGCUUAUUCGCACUCAGCAUUUUAUAUUGUACUAGAAAAUUUAGGAAUUUUGUUUGAAACUGAUAGCUUUUCCAUUGUCAUUAGAUUAUUGUCACUCUAUUUUAUCCAUUUUUGUUUGUGUUGUAUCUAAUACUUAAUCUUUUUAGAUUUAAAAUCAUGUAACUUUGUUUUGUGAGACAUUUAUAUUUUUUUUCUCUAUACAUUGUUCAUUAUAGGCAUGUAAUAAUAGCUCAGAUGAGCGGCAGCGAGUUCAGGUUGGAUUUCAGGGUGUCUAACUCUCAUAGCAGUCUCGUAAAAGUUGCUGUUUUUAAUUUUAAGGCAUAUAUUUUCAUCAGGGUCAUACAAAACGUUACCCAAACUCAAACUGGAUAAUUUUAUUUUCAUUCCUCCUAAAUCAUAAGCUACUUUUUAUAAUGUGUACCACUUGUUAAAAUAAUUGAAGGAAUGGCACAGUGUAUUAAACACUCUUCUCAUUUACUUAAUGAUUAACUCAUGGUUUUUGAUAUUCAAGAAAUAUUCAGUAGAAUAAAAAAACUACACACCUAUCUCUAUGGAUAAAGGUUACUGAAAAGUCACACAUUUUUUAUUUACGAGACACCCUGCUUAAUCUUAUGUAGGCCUACUUGAUCACCUUAAACCUCAACAACAAGCCUAUAAUGAACAAGUUUAAAUCUUUAUUUGGAGAGUGGAAAGAACAUAAAACCUUUCUACAACUUUUCAUUUUUUAACUCUCACUUAUUUUAACUUUUAAGUUUUAUUUUAUCACUCACAUUCCUGCUUUACUCACUGCCCGGUUGACUUCUCGCCUUGCCUGAAUCGAUGAAAGCUUUAAACAAUUUUAACCCCGAGACGGAGGUGCGAAAAGUUGCCGAGCAGUGACUCGUAGCAUUGGUCUACUGAAGUGUCCUUAGUCCGCUAUGUACAUAAUUGGCUCUCGAUGUAUGUGGGGUGCUUAAUUAAUACAACUGACCAAAUACA